CGCCUGCUGGCUGAGUUUUUUUUCCCGCGAGUCUUCCUCCACAAGUACUGAAUCUCUUCCAGUCACUCUCCCUCCGUUUGGGGUUGUCGUCUUUUGAGACGUCGAGGGAUACUCCUGAGAGAGACUCGCUUCGCGCGCGCGCGCAACUAUUUGGCGCAGUUAAUGUCACGCGCCCCGUCUAGCGGGGCCUCGGCCCUCUGGCCCACUGCCCUCGCGUCUCUGAGGCCAGUAGACUUGGCUCCUCCCCUUUCCCCGGUUACCCGAUGCCCCCCUCUCCCGCGGAGGCUGACCCCGCCCGUUACACCCGCCUCCGGCCCGCGCCCCGUGCGUUCCACUCUUCCCGGGCCCCCUUUGCUCCCUUCUAGGUUGGGACGCUAUUCUCGGGGGCCCUGGCUGAAACCCCCACUUCGCUGAGACUCCUGCCUACGCUCACCUUCCGCUCGGGACCAUGACCUCUGAGGUGGCGCGGCACCUGCUCUUUCAGUCUCACAUGCCAACAAAAACAACUUGUCCAUCCUCACAAAUAUCUGAUGAUGAGCAGAAACAAAAAAGAAACAAUAUUCGUUCUUUAACUAUGUCUGGCCAUGUUGGUUUUGAGAGUUUGCCUGAUCAGUUGGUCAAUAGAUCCAUUCAGCAAGGCUUCUGUUUUAAUAUUCUCUGUGUGGGGGAGACUGGAAUUGGAAAAUCAACACUGAUUGACACACUAUUUAAUACUAAUUUUGAAGACCAUGAAUCCUCACAUUUUUACCCACAUGUUAGACUUAAAGCUCAGACAUAUGAACUCAACGAAAGUAAUGUUCGAUUGAAAUUGACUAUUGUGAAUACAAUAGGAUUUGGUGACCAAAUAAACAAAGAAGAGAGCUACCAACCAAUAGUUGACUACAUAGAUGCUCAGUUUGAGGCCUAUCUCCAAGAGGAGCUAAAAAUCAAGCGUUCUCUCUUUAACUACCACGAUUCUCGCAUCCAUGUGUGCCUCUACUUCAUCUCACCUACAGGUCACUCCCUGAAGACACUGGAUCUCUUAACGAUGAAGAGCCUUGACAGCAAGGUGAACAUUAUACCAGUGAUUGCCAAAGCAGAUGCAAUCUCUAAAGCUGAAUUACAGAAGUUUAAGAUCAAGCUCAUGAGUGAAUUGGUUAGCAACGGUGUCCAGAUAUACCAGUUCCCAACAGAUGAUGAAACCAUUGCUAAAAUCAAUGCUUCAAUGAAUGGACAUUUACCAUUUGCUGUUGUAGGAAGUAUGGAUGAGGUAAAAGUUGGAAAUAAGAUGGUCAAAGCUCGCCAAUACCCUUGGGGUGUUGUACAAGUGGAAAACGAAAAUCACUGUGACUUUGUAAAGCUCCGAGAGAUGCUCAUUUGCACAAACAUGGAGGAUCUGCGAGAACAGACCCAUACUAGGCAUUAUGAACUUUACAGGCGAUGCAAACUGGAGGAAAUGGGCUUUACAGAUGUGGGCCCAGAGAAUAAGCCACUCAGUCUUCAAGAGACCUAUGAAGCCAAAAGACAUGAAUUUUAUGGUGAACGUCAGAGGAAGGAAGAAGAAAUGAAGCAGAUGUUUGUGCAGCGAGUAAAGGAGAAAGAAGCCAUAUUGAAAGAAGCUGAAAGAGAGCUACAGGCUAAAUUUGAGCACCUUAAAAGAGUUCACCAAGAAGAGAGAAUGAAGCUUGAAGAGAAGAGAAGACUCUUGGAAGAAGAAAUAAUCGCUUUCUCAAAAAAGAAAGCUACCUCAGAGAUAUACCAGAACCAGUCCUACAUGGCAUCAGGCAGCAACCUGAAGAAGGACAAGGACCGUAAGAAGGAUCCAGGCUAUCGAUUCGAACUCCUGUGCUUUGAUGUCAGAGCUUGUGAAAUCAAUGGUGGACGUAAAGAUGCAGAGGAAGGUAGAGAGGGCCCCUGUACAAUGGGGCGGCCAUGAGUAGCAUUUGGAGGAUAAUCUCAAGGCUUAUAGGUUUGGGCUCCAAUUUUAUGUAAAACAAAGGUUCCAGAUCACAGAAGGUCAUCACAAGCAAAAGUUAUUAAAAUGUUAGAAGUAUGGUCUGAUUUUCUUGCUGUUUUUAUUUGAUCUAUCACUUAUUCUGUAUCCAGCAAAUGGCCAUAGCUACUGUCAUUUAUGGAGAAAUGUUUUUAAGUAUAAGGUUAAUACAUGAGCCACAGUGAAUGAUAUCACUUAUAUAUUCACUGCUGUGAGAGAUUUUCAAGUUGCUCGUUUGUGAUGAAUGUAGGUAAUUUUUCCUCCUGCCCAGUUAUUGUCACUUACAUGCAUUGUACCACAGAACAAAGUGCCAGUGCCAUUAAAAAUACGGAACUCAUUCAUCAUCUGGCUACCUGAUUGCAUUUAUAUUACAACAGGAACUCCUUUUUUGUACAUACUAAAGAUAAAAUUUGGAAAAUAUGUUUUAAAAUGUAUUAUGUACCUGAAGCUCUAACCUCUUAAUAGUUUUAUAGAACUUUUUUAUUUUUGAUACCAUUAUCCAAUUGAUAACAUGAUCCUAAGUGUUUGUAUCAAAUUAUGUAACAUGAUGGCCUUCCAAGCUUUAGUAUACCUUAUUGUGGUUGAUGUAUUGUUGUGAUGAAACAAGAUAUGUUUAAAAGUAAAAACAUCUAGGUAUAAUUCCCUUUCCUAGUGAUGAGUGAUGAGGUGUUGCCACUCUGUUCCAUUAGGGUGUUUUACAUAGUUGUUUCAAACUCUGUCUUCCAUGGAAAAAAUCAUAAGUUUGACUUGUCUUAUUAAAGAUAUUUCUUAAGAAGAUAUCUGUGAGCAUCUGAAUAUUAAAGAUAUAAAAAUUUAGAUAACUCAUAUAUUAGGAGAUAUUUGAAUUCAGUGCCUUUGUAGUAUUCUUAGAACAAUUGGAUGCCUUCUAACUUUUUCUUAACAGUCAUAGGUAUAUAAUUUUUUCAUUUUUUGUACUUGAAUAUCCUAAAUAAAAUUGACAUUUACUCUUGACAAAUAAAAUAUAUCUACAUAUUUACUAAAAUGUGAUUAAAUUACUUUAACUUUUCUUUUUGCAAACUUCCAUCUUAAGCAUUUUAUCAAAAUUAGUUCAUUUAAUCUUGUGUUUGAAUUAUUUUAAGACAGGUAUAUAUUACCAAUAUUUUUCAGAAAACAAAAUGUUUUACUUAGCCUAUGUCAGAUUCUGAGCAUUGUAUUUUUUUCAUGAAGUUGUGUAAGUUGCAAAUAAAACCUUCAUUUUAUAGCACAAUUUAUCUGAACAAAUGCCUUAAAUUCCAGUUUUGCAUUUGAAAUGCACAAAUGUCUCUUAGCCUUUUAAACGUUAGUAAAGUAAGUUUAAGUAUCACAGAAAAAGCUCUGAACUUUCUUCUCAGGAUCAGUAAUACCCAAGUUCUGGAAGGUGGGCGCAGGAGAGCCUGUGAGUCCAUGAGGGCAGGUAGCCUGUCGUACAAAGCUCAACCACUGCUGCAGCCCUGAGCGUUGGAUGAGGAGAGUGUCAUCCAGGAAGCUCACUUAUGUGAUGUGAGUGCUGGUCAUCUGCAGUUUUGUCAUAUCAAACUAUGUAUUAAACAGCUAUCCUCAACUUUAAUAAAGUACUUUUAAAUGCCA